AAGUCGGUGGCUGCUCCACUCAGAUAGAUUCACUUUUCGGCUAUUAAAAAUAAAAAAUAAAACUUUUUUCUUUUCCCUUAUAGAUUAUUCAUUAAGAAAUUGCUUAUUAUCCGUAUUAACGUUUUUACGUUUCUGGUUAGCUUUGUAACUCAAGCUGACAGAUCUGUUUUUAGCCAACAAGCUAACCUUGUAGGAGCUUUACGUCAGCAUUGAUUUCUUUCUAUCAGCAGCAUCUGUGUAUAUACUUUUUAUAUUUCUACACUGGAAAACCUAAAAGCCCAGAAUGGCUCACAGUGCCAGGAGAGACUCCCCGGAGCUCCCAGACUUGUCUCUGCUAAAGAGGCUGGCCAGAGAUCAGCUCAUCUACCUGCUGGAACAGUUGCCAGGGAAGAAAGACCUUUUCAUUGAGUCGGACUUGAUGAGUCCGCUUGAUCGAAUUGCAAAUGUUUCAACAUUAAAGCAACAUGAAGUCGACAAACUUUACAAAGUGGAGCACAAGCCGAUAGUCAGCAUCUCAGAUCAGAUCUGCUUUCUGAUUCGACCACGAAUACAAACCGUGAAGUGGAUUUGUGACGUAGUUAAUGCAGACAAGGCAGCAGCAAAAUUUCGACGAUACAAGAUAAUCUUCACUCCACAAAAGUUCUACGCAUGUGAGGCGGUUCUGGAGGAGCAGGGAGUCUUUGGUGAUGUCACCACUGAUGAGUGGGCUUUCUACCUCCUUCCUCUGGAUGAGGACAUCAUCAGCCUGGAGCUUCCAGAGUUCUUCAGAGACAACUUUCUGGCAGGAGACCAGCGCUGGGUGAGGACAGCUGCGAGCGCUCUGCACCUCCUUCACUCCCUCUUCGGACCGUUCUCCAAGGUCUACGGGAUUGGACGCUGCUCCAAGAUGACCUACGAGUCCUGGAGGGAGCAGGUAGAGCAGGGAGAACAAAAAGCUCGGCACGCUGAGAUCGGGAAUGUUUUCCUUAUUGAUCGAGACGUGGACUUCGUCACUCCUUUAUGCUCACAAGUUGUCUACGAGGGGCUGGUGGAUGAUAUAUUUAGGAUCAAAUGUGGAUGUGUGGAGUUCGGGCCUGAAGUCACCUCCUCUGACAAAAGUCUAAAAGUCAUGCUGAACUCUCAGGAUAAGGUGUUUAAUGAAAUCCGGAACGAGCAUUUCUCCAACGUUUUUGGGUUUCUCAGUCAGAAGGCCAGGAACCUCCAAACUGCGUAUGAUAAGAGACGGGGGAUGGACAUCCAGCAGAUGAAGACGUUUGUGUCCGAGGAGCUGAAAGGUUUGAAGCAGGAGCAUCGGCUGCUGAGCCUACACAUCAGUGCCAGCGAGUCCAUCAUGAAAAGGAAGACGAAGCAGGAUUUCCAGGAGCUGUUGAAGACUGAACACUGUUUACUUGAAGGAUUUGAGAUCCGUGAAUGUAUUUCCUUCAUAGAGGAGCACAUCAACAGACAGGUCUCCAUGAUCGAAAGUCUGCGGCUGCUGUGUCUCCUGUCGGUCACGGAAAACGGACUCCUGCCGAAAGAUUUCAAGUCACUAAAAGCUCAGUACCUUCAGAGCUACGGCGCGGAUCACCUGCUGACGUUCUCCAACCUGAGGCAGCUGGGGCUGCUGGUGGAGCAGCAGCCGGGGGAGACGCUCACCGUCAUGGAGAGCAAAGUGGGCAAACUGGUCAACGACAGAGCUGCAGGGAAACUGACCGACGCCUUUUCUUCUCUGGCCAAGAAGAGCCACUUUAGAGCCUUAAGCAGAAAACUCAACCUGGUACCAAAGUCGGAUGAAGAAUAUGACCUACGUGUUCCUCGGGACAUGGCUUAUAUCUUCAGUGGCGCCUACGUCCCUCUGAGCUGCAAAAUUAUAGAGCAGGUGUUAGAGCGGGACGGCUGGACGGGGCUGGAGGAAGUAACCAGGCUGAUCAACGGGCAUGAAUUUGCUGUAACAGGAGCUGAUCCCAAGUCUAAAAGCGAAGCUCAGCGGAUCGUUCUGGUCAUGUUCCUUGGUGGAUGCACCUUCUCUGAGAUUUCAGCUCUCCGUUUUCUGGGAAAAGAGAAAGGUUAUAAAUUCAUUGUGGUAACAACUGCAAUUACAAACAGUUCUCGGCUCCUGGAAGCUCUGCUGGACAACAACAUUUGAAGCCAUCGAGGACACUUUACUGUUUUUACUGACUGGAGGAGGACACAUUCCUAUCCCCUCAUGUCAUACAUUCCUGUCAGCUCAGAAUGUUUGCUAAUGCUUGAUCACCUUUAUCAAAACGACUGUAAAAAUGUGAAUAAAUGUGUUUUUUUUU